CUAUAUCCGGUCUCCCCGGACCCUGCAUUCACUAUAUCCGGUCUCCCCGGACCCUGCAUUCACUAUAUCUGGUCUCCCAGGACCCUGCAUUCACUAUAUCUGGUCUCCCCGGACCCUACAUUUACUAUAUCUGGUCUCCCCGGACCCUGCAUUCACUAUAUCUGGUCUCCCCAGACCCUGCAUUUACUAUAUCCGGUCUCCCCAGACCCUGCAUUCACUAUAUCCGGACCCUGCAUUCACUAUAUCUGGUCUCCCCGGACCCCACAUUCACUAUAUCCAGUCUCCCUGGAUUCUGGAUUCACUAUAUCCGGUCUCCCCAGACCCUGCAUUCACUAUAUCUGGUCUCCCUGGACCCUGCAUUCACUAUAUCCGGUCUCCCCAGACCCUGCAUUCACUAUAUCCACUCUCCCCAGACCCUGCAUUCACUAUAUCCGGACCCUGCAUUCACUAUAUCUGGUCUCCCCGGACCCCGCAUUCACUAUAUCCAGUCUCCCUGGAUUCUGGAUUCACUAUAUCCGGUCUCCCCGGACCCUGCAUUCACUAUAUCUGGUCUCCCUGGACCCUGCAUUCACUAUAUCCGGUCUCCCCAGACCCUGCAUUCACUAUAUCCACUCUCCCCAGACCCUGCAUUCACUAUAUCCACUCUCCCCAGACCCUGCAUUCACUAUAUCCGGUUUCCCC